CACCUUCAACCUCACACCAUACUCAGUAUGUUGCAUUUUGUGACUUGCGUAAUCUACUGUACAGGCAAUCUAUCUUAGUGCUUCUUUAGUGGUGGUGGCGCUAGGGGCAGUUAGGGCUGACAGGUUCCCAACUCCGCACUUCGACCCUCCCAACCGACUUAGUCGAUCUGUCCCAUGGUGAUAUUACCGGAGAUCACCCAAUAGUUCCCUGUCCAUCACUCACCCCUCACCUCGCUUCUAUAUCGCAAUACACUAGUGCUGACCGCAGUGCCUCAGCAGCCCCGGCAAAAGCUGAAUUCCAGUGUUACAUCCAAGAAUUUGUGUAAUUAUCGGACCACCAAUGGCAUCGGUCGAUCGUAUGGUUGAAAACAUCCCCAGCUGCGACAGCGGACGAGAAGGGAAAGGAGGGAUUGAACCGUUGUACAGACCGACAAAGGGCGAUGGCGCAUUAUAAAAUGUGUUUAAAAAAUAGCCAUCACCUCCACUAAUUCUUCGGUUCAGACAGUUGACCCUGAGUUAUUCCUUCAUCUUCAUACAUAAUGGCUGAGACCGUUGCCGACCUGACAGCCGCUGUCAACGCAGCCCUGUCCAAGCUCUCUCCCACUGAUGAUAUUCCUGACCCAGCUCGUCUCCAGCUCCUCGAGGCAUUGGACAAAUUGCGUGGGGUCGUCGAGCCCCCUAUCCAGUCCCUUCUGAAUAUCUGCUGGGCGGCCCAUCCCCUGGUUGCCAUCCGAACGGCGAUUGGGAUGGGAGUUUUCGAUGCGUUUGCCGCUGCCGGCGGUGCUGAGUUGACUGUCGACGAGUUGAACGAAAAGACCAAGGGCGACAAGGACCUGCUGGUUCGGAUUAUGCGGCUUCUGAGCGCCAAUCGCCUCUUUACUGAAACCGGGGGGGAUAAAUACCUGCCCCAGCCCUUAGCACUAGGCUUCGCGACCGGCGCUCCGCCCAGUGAGGUAAUCAAAAAUUUCCACAUGGUAUUGCGGGCCACAGCGUACACGCACGAAUUUUUGGAAGCCAGAGGGUACCAGAGCCCAGAUGACGCGUACGACACCCCCUUCCAGCGGGCGUACGGCACCAAGCUACACCACUUUGAGUGGCUGGCACAGCACCCAGAGGAGCAGCAUGCCUUCAACACGGUGAUGGAGACUGGGAACCGGGCGGUGGAGGGUGAGCAAUGGUACGACUUCUACCCCUGGGAGGAGCGGCUGGCCAGUGAGGCAGACCGCGUGCUCCUGGUUGACAUCGGCGGGGGCAAGGGUCACGACCUCGUGCGCUUCAAGGAGAAGAAGAACCCCGCUGGCCGCCUGAUUUUGCAGGACCUCUCCGAGGUCAUCCAGGAUAUCCAGGCCCCGCUCACCCAGGGCAUCGAGGCCCAGGGCUACAGCAUGUUCGAUCCGCAACCCGUCCGUGGCGCCAAGGCCUACUACAUGCGCACCGUGCUGCACGACUGGCCCGACAAGCAGGCCCUGCAAGCCCUGCAGCGCAUCCGGGAGGCGAUGGCCGACGAUUCAGUGCUGUUGAUUAACGAGAAUAGCGUGCCCGAGACUGGCGUUCCCCGGUUUAAUGCUAGCGUCGACCUCAUCAUGAUGACCAUGUUCUCGUCUCUGGAGCGCACGGAAACGCAAUGGUUGAGUCUUCUGGAGCGUGCCCAAUUCAAGGUCAUUAAGGUAUGGCGAGCGGAUAACCAGGGGGUGGGAUCUAAUGCUUUGUUUGAGGCUGUUCCUGUUUAGAUAGGUAGUUCUACCGUUCAAGAAGCUAUGAUUGAUUCCCUGACCUUGAUAUAUGCGCUCAUUUGCCCGGUUUAUUGUUCGCGUUUGAGCGCCGCUACCCGUUGCGCUCUUGGCUACGAAUCUCUCCUCCUUAUUCUAGAACAACAGCAGAG